UAAGCUAACUUUUCCCUUCUGAUCCGAAGCCAAAGUCUGACUGGGAUGAAGAGUCCGGGGUAUUCCACAGAGGAGCAGCAUGUAGUUCACGGUAGACUCGGUUGGUUUUUCAGUUUUUAGACCUGAUUAUUUCUUCCUCUCCAUCAGUUUUUUUUUUACCUGGAAAGUGUCUUUUAACGUCCAGCCGACAUCAUGUUCCUCCGCGGCUCGAAGAAGCGACGGUCGAACCGUUCGCAGGAAGAAGAGGACCCAGACAGGGGCCAGCCGUGUAUGCGCUGCGGAGAUCAGUGCCCCGGCUUCCGUGUUCAUGGCUGGAGAAAGAUCUGCGUGCACUGUAAGUGUGUGCGAGAGGAGCACGCAGUGCGAUUGGUGCCAGGGCAGCUGGAAAAGAUGAUGACGAAGCUGGUGUCGGACUUCCAGAGACACUCCAUCUCUGACGACGACUCGGGAUGCGCCUCAGAGGAAUACGCUUGGGUCCCACCUGGGCUCAAGCCUGAACAGGUGUACCAGUAUUUUAGCUGCUUGCCAGAAGACAGGGUGCCUUAUGUGAACAGUCCAGGAGAGAGAUACAGGAUCAAACAGCUGCUGCACCAGCUUCCAGCCCAUGACAGUGAGCCUCAGUACUGCAACUCUUUGGAUGAGGAGGAGAAAAAAGAGCUGCGUGUGUUCAGCCAGCAGAGAAAACGAGAUAAUUUGGGCAGAGGCGUCGUCAGACCUUUUCCUGUUACCAUGACCGGAGCCAUCUGCCAGCAGUGUGGCAGGCAGAUCUGCGGUGGAGACAUAGCUGUGUUUGCCAGUCGGGCUGGUCACGGCAGCUGCUGGCACCCCCAAUGUUUCCAGUGCUCGUCCUGCAGCGAGCUGCUGGUCGACCUGAUCUACUUCUUCCAGGACGGACAGAUCUUCUGCGGGCGGCAUCACGCUGAGAGGCUGAAGCCCCGCUGCCAGGCCUGCGACGAGAUCAUUCUAGCAGACGAGUGUACGGAGGCUGAAGGAAGGUUCUGGCACAUGAAGCACUUCUGCUGCUUUGAGUGUGAGGCAGCACUUGGCGGUCAGCGCUACAUCAUGAGAGAAAGCAGACCCUACUGCUGCUCCUGCUAUGAAUCCCUGUACGCAGAGUACUGUGAUACUUGCGGAGAGACAAUAGGCAUUGACCAAGGCCAGAUGACGUACGAAGGUCAGCACUGGCACGCAGUGGAGUCGUGUUUCUGCUGCGCCCGCUGUCGGCUGCCUCUGCUCGGUCGUCCCUUCCUGCCACGUGGGGGGCUCAUCUUCUGCUCCAGGUCCUGCUCGCUGGGUGAGGAUCCCAAUAACUCGGACUCCUGUGACUCGGCGCUGCAGAGCAGAUCUCCCCAUCACAGCAGGCGGUUGGGGACACCAGAGAGGCUGCGCUGUGGUUCCCCUCUGCAGCCACAAGAGGGCAUCAAACACACUCCUGCACAGGACUGCAUUCAUACUGCAGUGGAAAACAGAGAUCUUCACUGUGGUGCUCCAGUUCAGAAUGGAGUUCCAUCACUCAGUCACCAUCCUUAUCCAAGAGGCUCCUACUCACCUCUGCCCCACAUUCAUCUAGGAAACGGCUUAGGACUGUCCUGGCCCAUUGAUGUUCCACAUUACAGUCUGGUGCCAGGGGACAGUAGUGUCAAGCCCUCAGGCACUAGUUUUCAGUUGCAAGGAGAGCUGAAUGGAAAAACUGGAGUAACUGGUCCUAACUCAAAAGGAACUUCCACCAACAAAGACUGCAGGAACUGGGUGGAAAAGACAAAUCAGGCAAUGCAAGACACGCCUCCCCCCUCAUCAAACAGCUCCCCCAUCCUCCCACCUCCUCUUCCCAUUAAGUCCCGGGACCUGAUGCCACAAGAUUCAGCCCCUCUGACCCAAUCCCACCUAAAGGACCAGCCCCCUGACUCUCCCCCUCCACUGACACGCAGCGGCCAAGCUAGAGUCAGCUUCAGGGAACCAAUCAGCAGCAGCUAUUCUGUAGAAGACGAUGAGGAUGAGGAGGAUGACAAUGAGGAGGAGAUGCUUCAAGUCAGUGUGGAAAACAAGCAGGGUGACGAUGAUGGUGAGGAGGGUGGUUUUGGAAGCAGGUUGUAUCUUCAGAAAGGCAUUCCACCACAGAUGGAUCUAUUGGAUGGCUCUUCAUGUCAUCACCGUCACCUGAGGCGUGGAUGGGGCUGCUCCCGUACCUCCUCUCACCCCGUUCUCCAUUCAGGUUCAGAAAGGCGCCUCCGAAGCUCACGGCCUGAAAGGCCUCGACUGGACACUCUGGACCUGAGAGGUGAGAAAGAGAGAGAUGGACACAACUCCUGCAGCAUCCCCUCCCUUAGCCUCCAACACGGAUCCUACAAACACGAGGACUCCUGUUCCACCUGCUCUUCGUCCUCAGAGUCAGAGGAGGAGGGCUUCUUCCUGGGACAGCGAAUCCCACUGCCCCCGCAGCUUCGGCAGCAGCAGCCUGAGGAGGGCCAAUCCAGGAGGGCAGAGGAGGGCCUGGAGGUGCAGAGAGACCGGGGUCUGAGAGGCAGCAUAAGGAGGAGACGAGCUCUCAGUCAAAAUGCAAAAGACAAAGAUAAAAACUGUGCCGUCUCCUGAGUGCUGAAAAAUCCAAAAGGUAUUUGCUCUGGUUUCUGAUGGUGGCGUAGUGUCAAACCACGGCUUUCAUUCCUAACACACUGAGAGAAGCACAUUAUACCUCUCUACCAUACCUCAUGUUUGUGGUGUUGGUGUUUAUGGGACGUGGAGAUAUUACAUACAGUGCAGAAGCCUUUAAAUAAGUUCAUCUUUUAUUGAAGCAGCAUAACCUCAAACAAAACAAAUGUAAACAAACGCAGCUUUAAAUUUGAGUUAAUUUAGUCAGUAGUGAAAAAAGUUCCUUUCCUUAUUGUUUUGAAUAAACUCACCAGUGGCACAGUUAUUGUUUAAGCUGCUUUGCCAACAUGACAGUCUUCUUCUAUUUCACAUGGUUGAACACACAGAAAGAAAUCUUUGGCCAUUUCUCUUUGCAUCAUCAUUAUAUAUCAGUGGUUCCCAAUGUUGGGGCCAGAGCCACUAAUCAAGGGGGGAGUGUUGAGAUUUUCUUCAGAAUAGAUUGUGGUAACAAGCAUUAAUGCCAAAAACAUCAAGAGAAAAAACAAAACUCUACCCAUAAAUAGAUAAAACAAUAUGUUGUCUAUUAGUACAGUGUCUUGCGAAAGUACUCGUCCCCCUUGAACUGGUCAACCUCUUGCCACAUUUCAGGCUUCAAACAUAAAGAUAUAAAAUUCUAGUUUUUUGUGAAGAAUCAAGAAGUGGGACACAAUG